ACUGUGCCCUUCCAUGUGACCACGCCCCUGCUAGAGAGCUGGGCUUUGUCCCAGGUGGCGGGUACCACCAUCCUCCUUAAGUGUGAGAACGUGCAGCCGGUUGGCUCCUUCAAGAUCCGUGGCAUUGGGCACUUCUGCCAGGAGAUGGCCAAGAAGGGAUGCAGACACCUGGUGUGCUCCUCAGGGGGCAACGCGGGCAUUGCCGCCGCAUAUGCUGCUCGCAAGCUGGGCAUCCCUGCCACUAUCGUGCUCCCCGAGGGCACCUCCGCGCAUGUGGUGAGGAGGCUGCAGGGCGAAGGGGCCAAAGUCCAGCUGGCCGGAAAGGUCUGGGAUGAGGCUAAUCUGAGGGCCCAGGAGUUAGCCAAGAGGGAAGGCUGGGUGAAUGUCCACCCAUUUGACCACCCCCUGAUAUGGGAAGGCAAUGCCAGCCUGGUGCACGAGCUGAAGGCAGCCCUGGGAACCCCACCAGCAGCCCUGGUGCUGGCUGUGGGGGGUGGGGGACUCCUGCUUGGGGUGGCAACUGGCCUGGAGGAGGUGGGCUGGCAGCAAGUACCCAUUGUCGCCAUGGAAACCCGAGGGGCACACUGCUUCCAUGCAGCCAUCGAGGCAGGAGAACUGGUCACGCUGCCAGACAUCACCAGCGUGGCCAAGAGCCUGGGGGCCAAGACAGUGGCGGCCCAGGCCCUGCAGCGUGCCCGGGAGUGUGAGAUCCUGUCUGAGGUGGUAGAGGAUGCCGAGGCCGUGCAGGCCGUGCAACGGUUCCUGGAUGAUGAGCGCAUGCUGGUGGAGCCAGCUUGUGGGGCAGCCUUGGCCGCUGUCUACUCCGGCCUCCUGGGGAGACUGCAGGCUGAGGGCCGCCUACGCUCUCCCCCGGCUCCUGUGGUGGUCAUCGUGUGUGGCGGCAACAACAUUAACAGCCGAGAGCUGCAGGCUCUGAAGACGCAGCUGGGCCAGAGCUGAGGGGCCCCCCCGAGGACCCCCGACGGGCACGUUGACUCCAAGGUGUGGGGCAGUGGAAGCUGCCCUGUGUGCCUGGGCAGGCCACCUCCAAGGGGAAGCCCUCCUG